AAUGCAGUGAAAGAAAAAACGCGUAUUGCUUUCUCGAGACGAAGAGAUAAGAUUCGCGAGGUUGUCCGUUGGGAGAUCAGAUCUGCUCUGGUGAUAGAUCUCUUCCGCCUCCGGUUUCUUUCUUUCCGUCCGGUAAGAGCUUCCGAUACCUGUGCGUGAUCGAAGAGAGAAGGGCGAAAUAUUGCGUCCUGGAAUUGAAUUCUAGGGUUUCGUUUUUCGUGUUCCUGUUUUUCCUUAUCUGAUCUGAUUUCUUCAGAGAUUCUCUUUUCUGGUUGAUUGGUUGUGUGUCGGUUCGAUAUUUGUGCGAUAAUCGAAACUAUCGUACUCGAAUCUGUUGAUUGUGUUUUGAUUCUCUGGGGUUCUCCUAGGGUUUCGAUAAUUUGGGGGAUUUUCUCGCGUGUGGUUUUAUCGCGCUUUUCUCGAUUGCUACGUUCGAUUGUUCAUUGAGUCGUGUUCUGGUUAUUAAUACGAUGGCGGCAGGGGGAGUUGAUGUCUCCAGAAGGUCUGUUGUUGUUGAUCACGCUAAAAAAGGCUAUGAAAGUUACAGGAAUGGUUCUCGUGAUUUGUAUCCAAGCCAAGGCGGUAGGCUUGGUGAGAGACGUCAAAUCAGGCGAUCCUUUGCGCAUGACCGAAAGAGGAAGGAUUUGCGCCUGGAAUUGGCGGAGGAACCAGGCCUGGUUUCUGAGAGAGGUGAAGCUCGAGCGGAGGGUGUUCAGCAGCCCCCUGAGAAGAGGGGAAAAUAUUCUCCUGUCAUAUGGGAUGCAGAAGACAAGGUGAUCGCAGUUCAACCUAGGAAGACAGUUAAACUUGCUUCAGCUAGCCUGUCAGCGGAUUCUCUGGCGAUAUUACAGCCCAUUGAAGCACAACUGUCUGUACAAGAUCCUAUUGAUGAUCUUGAGGAAGGUCAGUUGGAGGAGGAGGUUCAGGCACCGAAUAUUUCUAAGUCUAGAUGGGCAUGGGGUUUGGAUUCUCCAAAGGUCGUCUCUGUAUCCGAGGUUGAAAAUGUUCCGAAGACUAGCAAAUGGAAUAGGAGCAGUUUGACUCCUGAAUGCGAGGAAUUCGUAUUGGAGGAAUCUGAAGAACAGAGGUCCCGAUCAUCUGGGUGUGGCGGUGGACGUCUCAGCACAGAACGGCUUAGCGGUCAUGAAUGUUCUGAUUACGAGUUGGAGAGUCAUAGCCAUAUGGAUAUUGAUGAAGCACAAUGUUACAGUUCUGACCUUAACAAGUUGGAGAAUGAAGAGCCAGCUUCCCCUGCUGAGGGAAGCACGGACAUGCUGCUCGGUAGCAGAAAUGUCGACGAAUAUGAGAAGCUUAACAAGAUAAACGAGGGGACAUAUGGAGUUGUAUACAGAGCUAGGGACAAGAAAACAGGAGAUAUUGUGGCUCUUAAAAAGAUCAAGAUGAACAUGGGUAGGGAAGUUGAAUAUGGAUUUCCUGUGACGUCUUUGAGGGAAAUUAACAUACUUCUGUCUUGCAACCAUCCUUCAAUCGUGAAUGUCAAGGAGGUUGUGGUGGGGAACAAUGAUAACGUUUUUAUGGUCAUGGAACAUUUAGAACAUGAUCUAAGGGGCUUAAUGGAUCGGAUGAAGCAGCCUUUCAGCACUAGUGAGGUGAAAUGCCUGAUGGUACAACUGUUGGAGGGUGUGAAAUAUCUCCAUAGUAAUUGGAUUAUUCAUAGGGACCUUAAGCCAUCAAAUCUUCUAAUGAACAACAGUGGGGAGAUGAAGAUCUGUGACUUUGGCAUGGCUCGCCAAUAUGGGAGCCCACUCAAGCCUUACACCCAGUUGGUUGUUACACAAUGGUACAGGGCCCCUGAACUUCUUCUGGGAGCGAAAAAGUACUCUACAGCUGUUGAUAUGUGGUCAGUCGGUUGCAUUAUGGCUGAACUGUUGUCUAGAAAUCCUCUUUUCCAGGGAAAAGGUGGAAGUGAUAUCGACCAGCUUCGCAAGAUCUUUGCGAUCCUCGGUUCACCAAGUGAGACAACCUGGCCUGGAUUUUCUUCGUUGCCUGGUGCUAAAGCAAAUUUUAUUAACCAGCCGUACAAUUUGUUGCGUAAGAAGUUCCCUGCUGCAUCUUUCACUGGAUCUCCAGUACUUUCUGAUCUGGGAUUUGAUUUACUGAACAGAUUACUAAGUUGUGACCCUGAGAAGCGUUUAACUGUAGAUGAGGCUCUUAACCAUGAUUGGUUUCAGGAAGUUCCUCUGCCGAAAUCCAAAGAAUUCAUGCCAACUUUUCCUCCAAAGCGUGGCUGAGCGAUCAUCUUUUGGAGGAUCUCAAGUACUAUAUGGCUGAAGGAAGCCACCGGUUGUAUUUUGAUCUGCCUCCUUACUCUAGACUUCUCUUUCUGAUUCUUAACACAUGGCUUUGAGCAAUUAGGAGUCUUGGAGUUUUGCUAAUUUUUGGCAGGAAGCAUCGUGAUGUGAUUGUUGCCUGAAGAGUUUCGGGGCUAGUAUGCACUGUAUUCGGAUUGGAAUGUGUAUAUAUGAGUGAUCCAUGAAACUGCAAGGUGUGGGGUUUCUCUCUCAUUUGAGCCCAAGAUCAUAUUAAUAUCAAAUGAUGAACAUAAUUUAGUUCACUUUUCUUUCAAAAUUAUAUUGUUCUUCCUUCGUCAAUUCUCUCUUACAUUUUUUUUGCAUAUUGUUUUCUGCACGAGGUAAACACAAAGACAGGGUACCCUUUCCUUAUCAAGAGGUGGGAACCUUGCAUCUGGUGCUCCUGUUCGAUUAUCUCUGUUUCUCGAUUGAAGAGCUCUGGUAUUUGUUCAAUGUGACCCAAAGUAGAGAGAUCAUGAUGAGUUCUGCAUCGUAGAAUGACGAUUUGGAGGCAGUUGUUGUGAUGUUUAGAAGCUACAUCCGAGGGUAACUGCUAACAUGGUAUAGGACUGCUCGUUAUUCCCAAACAGACUGCGUUCUGCAUUACUCUUUUUGCAAAAUACGCAGGUUGCAUUAUGGUCUCUGGGUUUGUGCCGGCGUUCUGUAAUGGCAGCUGAAUCUCGGGUCUUUAUAUCGUCAGUGAGUUCGUUUUGUUUACAUCCUUGUCCUUGGAUAGCCAUUUGAUACCUGCAAUCUCUGGCAAUCUCAUUGUGUACAGAUUCUGUGAGGAUUCUCUUCUUGUUCCUGUCACUGUCAACUUUUUAAAUCCGUUUCUCAAUUUUCAACCCCAGACCUUAAACAUUAGACACUUUCUCCCCGUGUGUACGGGUCUCUUUUUACCUCCACCAAUCAGAGCUGCUGCAUCCUAUUUACCUUAUGUUCCUUUUUAUAAGAGUCUUAUGUCUCUGAUUUCUGAUGUUAAAUGGGUCUGAGUUGCAGUACAUACAUGUGGAGAUUAAGACAACGUUUCGUUUGCAGUGCCAUGUGCUUCAUGUUUGGCAGUGGGACUUAGCUAUGUAAAACGGACGUGGUCAGUGUAGAUUUGCUUGCUGUCUGUAAGCUAAGCUUCGAUACUGGUCGAGAAAAAGGGUGAUAUAUAAUCGUCUUCGUGGUACUGUUGCCGGGAUACGACUUAUAUCCGCACAUAACAUCAUCUUUUGUUUGCUGCUCUUUGUAUUUUUUUUUUCUAAACUAGCAAAUGCCAGGAUUUGCCGGAGAUCCUUUGUUUGAGCAGUGGCAAAAAAAAAAACAAAGAUGAGAUGGAAAGAUUCGUUUCAAAUGUUUGAGAUCGAGGGUUGAUGCCAUGCGCUGCCGUGAUGAUCGAGGAAAAGAAGACAGGAGAGAACAUUGUAACUGGCUGGACUUGCACCUGGGUUUUAAAGACUUGGUUAUGUAGCAGCAGCAGAUUCACAGAGAGGUGAGUUUUUGUCGUGAAGAAAGCAGCAGCUCCCUUGCUAGAAGGCCGUGGGCGUUUCAGAUCCGGAGUUUAGUCCCGACUGAAUCGAUCCGAUCCGAUCGAGAGCGCAAAAUAAUCCGAACUGAUAACAUUUAGUUCUAAUUCAGUACAAUUUUUUGUGGAAAUGAAUGAAUUGUUUUGUAAUGGAAUUCGAGAAGUAUUUAAGUUAUGUGUGCAUUUAUGUGUUAA